UAUUGGGUCCUUACUGAUCAGAACAACGUCCCAGUCACUUUGAUCUACAAGCUGCUUUCCUCACCAAACGGAGACCCAGGAAUCGAAUCGGAAUUUGGGAAUUCAGGGCAUUUGUGUGGUUUCGUCUCUCUCACCCUCUCUCUCUCUCUCUUUCUCUCUUUAAGGUGGAGAGUGGGGGGAAUUUCAAAGGCGAAGGGGAAAAAAAAAAAGAAAGGCAAAAACCAUAGUACUAUUAUAUUUAGUGUAUUAAAUUGUUUUGGGUUUUGUUUAUAUAAUAUAUAUAGGUUUGAAUAGGAGCGAAAAGGGUCUUUUUCUUCAACAACUGCAAGCUCCUUCGAAACAGCUGCUGCAGAGAUUUUUAUUUUUUCUUUCCUGCUUUUGAGGUCUCGCUCGCCGUCUUUGGGGGUUCGGCACUGCCUUUUCUCUGUGCAAAUUGGUGGCGCAUUAAAAGCGGGGCUUUUACUGAGCUAAGAUUGGUUUUAAGGGGACGCGCAGAGACAUUUGUAGCUUGAGAUUUUGCCCAUUAUUUGGACGCAGUUAAGGCACUUCCCCACCUGCUAAAUCUUGGGACGAAGAAUAGUUGACACUCUGUUUUCUCAACCGUACUAUCCUCCUCUACUCAUCUGCGGUUGCUUCAAUCUUUUCGCGAAAGAGACCUCUCGAAGAAGUUGAAAGUGAUCUACCGGGAUUUAGACGUUGCCUUUGGAGAAAAACGGAGACAAUGUUGCCUCAGAAGCAAGCAGAGGAAGCAAUAGUUCCCAACAUUAGCGAGACAGAACACGAGGGCAAGGAUGAAGAGAAGGUGGAAGAACAUUCCGUGUUCAGCGUCAAGAACUUUCUCUGGCAUGGCGGUUCUGUCUGGGACGCAUGGUUCAGCUGCGCUUCCAAUCAAGUUGCGCAAGUGCUAUUAACACUUCCUUACUCUUUCUCUCAACUGGGAAUGCUAUCAGGAAUCUUGUUUCAGGUAUUCUAUGGAAUCAUGGGAAGCUGGACGGCUUAUCUGAUUAGCGUACUCUACGUAGAGUACAGAAGCCGAAAGGAGAAGGAAAACGUCAGCUUCAAGAACCAUGUGAUACAGUGGUUUGAAGUGCUUGAUGGCCUUCUUGGUCCGUACUGGAAAGCAGUGGGGCUCGCUUUCAACUGUACUUUCCUCCUCUUUGGAUCGGUCAUUCAGCUUAUAGCUUGUGCAAGUAACAUAUACUACAUCAACGACAAUUUGGACAAACGGACUUGGACCUAUAUUUUUGGUGCUUGCUGUGCUACUACAGUGUUCAUACCUUCCUUUCAUAACUACCGGAUUUGGUCUUUUCUUGGCCUCGGAAUGACCACGUAUACUGCCUGGUACUUGACCAUAGCCGCAGUUAUCCAUGGGCAGGUUGAAAAUGUGUCACAUUCGGCGCCAUCAAAACUAGUGCUAUACUUCACCGGAGCAACCAACAUACUCUACACGUUCGGUGGUCAUGCUGUGACUGUGGAAAUAAUGCACGCCAUGUGGAAGCCCCAGAAAUUCAAGUACAUAUACCUCAUGGCCACCCUUUACGUUUUUACACUAACCAUUCCUUCAGCCACUGCCGUCUAUUGGGCGUUUGGUGAUCAGCUCCUCAACCAUUCUAAUGCCUUCUCUCUCCUCCCCAAGAAUGGCUUCCGUGAUGCCGCUGUUAUCUUGAUGCUUAUUCACCAGUUUAUAACAUUUGGGUUUGCAUGCACCCCGCUCUACUUUGUGUGGGAGAAGGUGAUAGGGAUGCAUGACACAAGGAGCAUCUGUUUAAGGGCGCUAGCAAGGCUACCGGUGGUGAUACCCAUAUGGUUUUUGGCGAUAAUCUUCCCAUUCUUUGGUCCUAUAAAUUCUGCAGUUGGGGCUCUUUUGGUUAGCUUCACUGUAUACAUUAUCCCAUCUUUAGCACAUAUGCUAACCUACAGAAAAGCUUCUGCCCGACUGAAUGCUGCUGAGAAGCCUCCCUUCUUUUUACCAAGCUGGACUGGCAUGUAUGUGUUCAAUGCUUUUAUAGUGGUUUGGGUUUUGGUGAUUGGCUUUGGGUUCGGAGGAUGGGCCAGCAUGACCAACUUUGUGAGGCAAGUUGACACAUUUGGGCUCUUUGCCAAGUGCUAUCAGUGCAAGGCCCCAACACCAGCAGCAGCUGCCCCUCAUCACUGAGAUCACUCAAGACAGACUCUCUCCGCUCUUUCUUUCUUCCUUUCAUAUUCUGUAUCAUACAUGGGGAAGUAGUAAUAUUUCCUCUACAUGUGAUGUGUGGUGGAUUUUUUUGGAUCUUAUAUUUUUUUUUUUGUCUUUAAAUUAGUUCCUAUAAAAUAGUGUGUGAUGAUUCCCUUGCUAUCAAAGAAUAGGUUUUACUUGAAUCAGAUAUAUAUAUGUUUAGGUUAUCUUUUGCUUUUUCCUCUCUUUGUUACCUCUCUUUUUCGUGUUGACAUGUUGUUGGGAUAUUAUAAUAUAUGAUUUUUGUUGCCCUUCUUCGCUGUUA